GUCCCAGGCUCUCUGUCCCCAGCUGAUGAGCUCAUACUGGACACACAAGCGUUCAACCCAGCAAACACUGGCGACUUUUUAACACUAACACAACCUCUCCAUGGCUUGGACAACUACCUACAAUCUACGCAUCACCUAGUGUGAGCGAAGACGCUGCAGGACAUUUUGGAGACAAACUACUGUUUAUUAUUACAAUGGGAAGCUGGAGGAAUCACGUGCGCACUCGACUACAACAGAGAGACCAAACUGAGAAGCUCCCAUACAUUGGCGUCUUCACAAGCUUGUCUCAGCUGGAGGAACGUUUUGAAAUUCGCAAACAAAUUGUGGAUGAUAUUCAGUCUAAGAGUUUAGAAGAAGGUGUACUUGAAGUUGUAAAAAACACCAGACUCCUUCAACUCCAACUGAGAGAGAGUGAACACCUGGAACAAAAGCUGUCUCAGACUGUCUCCGACCUGACCGCCGUCCUGUAUCUGAAAGAGGCGGAACUGCAGUACUGGCAGUCACGUGUGUCCCACUACCGUCAAGAUGCACUUACUCUGGCUAAAGGGAGUAACACCCUGAAGACGACACUUUCCAAAUUUGAGCACACCAUCGAGUGUCAAUCCAAAGAGUUGGCGGCCCUGCGUGCGGAGCAGAAAGAACUACAUGAGGCGUUGGCACAGACCUGGAGAGAGAAAGAAGGGCUUUUGCAGCGGUGGAUGGAGGAGAAGAGGGAGGAGGCAGACAGGCUGAAUAAAUACAACGACACACAGGAAAGGUGGCAACGUCUGGCCAAACAAGUGAAGAAGCACCUCCACAGGGAGACGAGGAAAGAGUGUGUUCCUAUAGUGACGAGCUCUCGGAUCGGUGAAACAGAAACGCCUACAUCGGUCAUUCAGAGGAUCAAUAAUACAACAGAUAUACACCAGGGACACUUGGACCACAACCAUGUCUCAGCUGUGGCAAAAGUUUAAUAUUCCCUUAAAAUCCUGGAGACAACAGUUCACAGAACAAAGAUUACCUCUCUGUACAUUCCCCUUUAUUCCAUUAUCCAUUUACUAUUUAUCGUACUAGUGAAUAUACAGUAUGUGCCUAGUUCAACUUUUAACUAUGUUUAUUUGCAAAGAAAAUCAUGUGACUCAUUUUUACCUCCAAUAGGUCAAAAUGUGUAUUUGAAAAUAUUUUAAUAACCUGGGAUCUUUGAAUUGUACUUUUUUUAAACACAUUUAAAAAUUAACUUUGAAUAAUGCACAUUUCUUAUUAAAAAUGGAAAAACAAACUCUAUCCCUGAUGAAUAUUGUUUAUAAGUAUGUAUUGUUGUUUUUCUAUAUCUAGUGUUGUGAAAAAUAAAGUUACUUGUGUAUCAUA